CACAGUACUGAGCAGCCGUUCUAUUUACUCCCACUCACCCCUUCUCUUCUGUGUUUUCUUGAUUUCAAAAGUUGUAAAGGAAGUUGAAACAAACUCUCUGCCGCUCUCUGUCUCUCUCUCUCUCUGUCUGUGCAUUUGCGUAGUGCUGUGUGUUUUCAUGUGAGAAACGAAGGAGCCCAAGUCGGAGGAGUUGAGAGUUUUGAGGAACUACACUAAAUUGUUUUCCCAAUUCUUUUUUGUAUUUGUCAUUACAAGUUUUUGGGUUCGAUUUUGUCGCUGAUGGCGGCGUUUGGUUCGGCUUACUUGAUUUGCGUUGGUUUGCUACUGGGAGUUUGUUUGGGUGCGGACCCAUUUGCCAACUUUGAAUUGGAUUUCUCUUACAUCACUGCUUCUCCACUUGGAGUUCCUCAACAGGUAAUAGCCGUCAAUGGGAAGUUCCCAGGCCCUGUUAUUAACGUCACAACUAAUUACAAUGUCGUCGUAAAUGUCAAGAACAAAUUGGAUGAAGAUCUUCUAGUCACAUGGUCUGGCAUCCAGAUGCGCCGGUCUUCAUGGCAAGAUGGGGUUUUGGGCACAAAUUGCCCCAUCCCCCCAAAGUGGAACUGGACGUACCAGUUUCAAGUCAAGGAUCAGAUUGGUAGCUUCUUUUACUUCCCAUCGCUGAACAUGCAGAGAGCGUCUGGUGGAUUUGGUCCCUUUAUUAUCACGAAUCGAAAUAUUAUUCCUAUUCCUUUCAAUACUCCUGAUGGGGAUAUAGUCAUCAUGAUCGGUGAUUGGUAUACCCGCAAUCAUACGGCUCUUCGCAAAGCCCUUGACGCCGGACAAGAGUUGGGAAUGCCAGAUGGAGUUCUUAUUAAUGGAAAGGGACCAUACAGAUACAACAACUCUCUUGUUCCUGAUGGCAUUGAGCACGAGACUAUAAAUGUUGAUCCUGGCAAAACUUACCGCAUUCGGGUGCAUAACGUUGGAGUCUCCACUUGUUUGAAUUUUCGGAUCCAGAGCCACAACUUACUUCUGGCAGAGACAGAGGGUUAUUACACAUCUCAGCAGAACUAUACUAGCUUGGAUAUCCAUGUUGGGCAGUCUUACUCAUUCCUCGUAACCAUGGAUCAGAAUGCAAGCAGCGAUUAUUACAUUGUGGCAAGUGCUAGGUUUGUCAAUCAAUCACUCUGGCAAAGAGUAACUGGAGUAGCAGUUCUGCAUUAUUCUAACUCAAAAGGGAGUGCUACUGGUCCCCUCCCAGACCCACCAAAUGAUUUUUAUGACACAUCAUAUUCACUGAACCAGGCAAUGUCCAUCAGGCAAAAUGUCACUGCUAGUGGAGCUCGUCCGAAUCCACAAGGUUCCUUCCAUUAUGGUCAAAUCAAUGUCACUGAUGUGUAUAUACUCAAGAGUCUUCCACCAGUGAUGAUUGAUGGGAAACUACGAGCUACAUAUAAUGGGAUAUCAUUCGUCAAUCCUGAUACUCCAAUAAGGCUUGCCGAUGUGUAUAAAGUGAAGGGUGAUUACAAGCUUGAUUUUCCAAAUAAGCCACUGAACAGGACACCAAUAGUGGACAGAUCUAUCAUAAAUGCUACAUACAAGGGAUUUAUAGAAAUCAUAUUGCAGAAUAACGAUACUGUCGUGCAGACCUUUCAUCUGGAUGGUUAUUCAUUCUUUGUAGUUGGGAUGGGUUAUGGUGAAUGGACGGAGAAUAAUAGAGGUUCUUACAAUAGGUGGGAUGCAAUAUCUCGCUCUACUGUUCAGGUUUUUGCUGGAGGAUGGACUGCAGUCUUUGUUUCACUCGACAAUGUUGGUGUCUGGAAUCUCAGGACAGAGAAUCUGGACAGGUGGUAUCUUGGGCAGGAAACAUACAUGAGAAUUAUCAAUCCUGAAGACACCGACAACAAAACAGAAUUACCUGCGCCCGACAACGUUCUCUACUGUGGUGCCCUCAGCCGAAUGCAAAAGCCUCAGAAAGCAUCCUCAGCAUCCACACUGCAUGUACACUCACAGCUCUAUGUUGCUCUGCUAGUGGUAUUUUCUACAGUAAUCGUCAUUUUGUGCUAAGUUUUCUUUAUGAUUUAUGAAAAUGGGAUUCUUGCAACUGGAAUUUAGAUGGAAGCAGUCAGGCUUGGUGGUAUAUGUCGUUGUGGGACGUCGAAAUUCUUUCUUUUUUUUUAAAUACUACAUUAUUUCUGUAGGAAAGCAUUUUCUUACAGCAUGUUUAUUGUUGUUCUUUGUCUCAUCAUUCUUUAUGUACCCAAAGAUGACUUUACAGUAUCAUUUUCCUUCA